GAUACCCCUUCAAGAACCUGUGAUUUGUGAUUUGUGAUUUGUGUUACCAAACCAAAAGUCUCUCAAAUUUCCUAAAGUAUUAAGCAAAAGCAAUCAAGAAAUCCUAACAGACGGCUCUCAUUCGUACGCAAACUAUUUGCAAAGGAGCACAUGAGAGAGAAAUCCUUCUGAGUUCUGACCCGAGCAACUCUGUCCCCUCCGGGCUUCCGCUUCUCCUCUCUCUCCGACAACGCCCGACCAAUUAGUCGCACGCUGACCUAGACUUUCUCUCCCAGUCUGCACAUCCUCGUACCAACAGAUGGGAUUUCUAAGAAGGAUCGCGGCCAUUCUAGGGUUUGCGAGGGAAGAAGCUCAUGAAGUGAAGGAUGAAGACGAUGACCCAGAUGAUCAUCGUAAUCGCGGAGAUAGGCAAGAGCCUCGUCGACCCACAAAAGGGUUUAGUGUACAAGUCCCUGUGGCCGUCGAGAGGCCUCACUUGGGCCCUGUUCUUACUCCUUGUAGUCUUGCCGACGGCGGAGUUCAGGGCUUGAGGUGGUACGCAAGGUGCCUAAGGAUAGAUGAAGAUGGGGACGUGGCAGAUGAGUUCUUGGAUGAAGUCUCACCAGAGUUUUCGUCUGUUGUGGAUGAUCACAGAACAUUGCCAAGGUUUGGAGUGAAGCAUAACACCCGUCCGGCUAAGGUGAGAAAUCAAGCUGUAACUGAUGGAAGAAUCCACCAGGCUGUGGAGUUCCAGGGAAGAUUGCAGUGGGUUUAGAGAAACUGAAGUAUGGAGUCUGGAGAAGUAAUUCAGCCUUUUGUGGGGGAGUGGAUUGUCAUCAAAUUUGUGUGGAUAACAAAUGUCUCUAAUUAUUCUUUACGAAUAAUUUUGUAAUUUUAAUCAUUUUGAAAGAAAUUGUGGACCCAGUCCGUGUUUAAUUUACUUAAUCAAGGGUUCAAUUUUGUGAAUGUUUUUCA